AUGGGGUUUAAUGAGCAUAUCUUGGGAAAGAUUGUGCGUUGUUGUUUAGUCAAUUCUGAAGGUGAUGGGCAAGAGUUAGGAGGCAUGGUGUUCCCCUUCCCCACUUCACUGCCUACUCUUCUUAUGGCAAGAGUGUCUUCGUCUACUAUCCGUACGCACGGUGAAGCAAAGCACGCAAAACAGGGUGGUGGCCACAACAUGGAACACAACAUGUGCCAACACAAUGUCAUACAAUCUCUAACAAAACCCAGAAAUCUCAACCUCCAUCCCAGAAUCCAAAAUGCUAAUGAUACCUACGACAACAUGGCAACGACCGUACCGUUGUCUUCCUUGCCGACGACGAGGUUCCUUUCAACUUUAUCGGAAAUUGUCGACCCAACACAGAACUGUUGUGCUGUCCGUAUGCAUCUUACUGCCACCACAACCAAGACCCAUGAAGCCACGUCCACCCUAAAAUCUGACUCCUAA